AUGGGGCAGGCUCCGGAGAUGGCGGCGCCGCUGCUCCUGCGGGUGGAGGACGCGGACGCCGAGUGGAGCUCCAGGCCGCAUCGCAUUGCUCUCUUCGUCGAGCCUUCGCCCUUCGCCUACAUCUCCGGCUACAAGAACCGGUUCCAGAACUUCAUCAAGCAUCUGCGAGAGAUGGGCGAUGAGGUCUUGGUCGUGACCACGCACAAAGGAGCUCCCGAGGAGUUCCAUGGAGCAAAGGUCAUUGGCUCGUGGAGCUUUCCAUGUCCAUUGUACCAAAAUGUUCCACUUUCGUUGGCACUGAGCCCCAGAAUAUUUUCUGCCGUGUCAAAGUUCAAGCCAGACAUAAUCCAUGCUACUUCACCUGGAGUUAUGGUUUUUGGCGCCCUUGCUAUCGCAAAGAUGAUUUCAGUUCCAUUGGUCAUGUCUUAUCACACACAUCUUCCAGCGUACUUACCAGGUUACAAUUUAAAUUGGUUACUUGGGCCCACAUGGAGUCUUAUAAGAUGUCUCCACAGGUCUGCAGAUCUUACUCUAGUUCCUUCAGUAGCUAUUGCCGAGGACUUUGAAACUGCUAAAGUAGUACCAGCAAACAGAGUACGGCUUUGGAACAAGGGUGUUGAUUCUGAAAGCUUCCAUCCUAAAUUUCGGAGGCAUGAAAUGCGGAUCAAGUUGAGCGGUGGUGAACCAGAAAAACCAUUGAUAAUUCACGUGGGCCGUUUUGGGCGUGAAAAGAAUUUGGAUUUUCUGAAGAGUGGCAGGGCUGAGCUGGAAAAAAUGUUCACAGGCAUGCCUGCAGUUUUCACCGGAAUGCUCCAAGGGGAGGAGCUCUCGCAAGCGUACGCCAGUGGGGACGUAUUUGCAAUGCCUUCAGAGUCUGAGACCCUUGGACAAGUAGUGCUGGAGUCCAUGGCUUCUGGAGUCCCGGUUGUCGCUGCUCGCGCCGGAGGCAUACCUGAUAUAAUACCCAAGGACAAGGAGGGCAAGACCAGCUUCCUCUUCACACCCGGGGAUCUGGACGAGUGCGUGAGGAAGAUCGAGCAGCUCCUCUCGUCGAAGGACCUCAGGGAGUCGGUCGGAAGGGCUGCCAGGGAGGAGAUGGAGAACUGCGACUGGAGAACGGCCUCAAAGACGAUACGCAACGAGCACUACAGCACCGCGACGUUGUACUGGCAGAAGAAGACGGGCAGAACGGGGUAG